AUGAGACCUGGGAACCAGAGCAGCGUGUCCGAGUUCCUCCUCCUGGGGCUCCCCGUCCCCCCGGAGCAGCAGGGCGUGCUCUUCGCCCUGUUCCUGGGCAUGUACCUGACCACCGUGCUGGGGAACCUGCUCAUCAUCCUGCUCGUCAGGCUGGACUCACGCCUCCACACCCCCAUGUACUUCUUCCUCAGCCACCUGGCCCUCUCUGAUGUCUCCUUUGCAUCUGUCACCGUCCCUAAGAUGCUGAUAAACAUACAGACUCAGGAACAAUCCAUCCCCUAUGCAGGGUGUGUAACGCAGAUGUAUUUUUUCAUAUUUUUUGGUUGUAUUGAUAACCUUCUCCUGGCAGUGAUGGCGUAUGACAGGUACGUGGCCAUCUGCCACCCUCUCCAUUACACCACCAUCAUGAGGGGCGAGCUGUGUGUAUUUCUGCUGGCUGGCUCCUGGCUCCUCGCCUGUGCCAGUGCCCUGUCCCACACCCUCCUCCUGGCUCAACUGAAGGGCAUGACGAGGCAUAAUCAGAGCAGUGUGUCCGAAUUCCUCCUCCUGGGGCUUCCCAUCUGGAUGGAGAAUCAAGGCAUAUUCUACGCCCUGUUCCUGGGCAUGUACCUGACCACGGUGCUAGGGAACCUGCUCAUCAUGCUGCUCAUCAGGCUGGACUCGUGCCUCCACACCCCCAUGUACUUCUUCCUCAGCCACCUGGCCCUCUCUGACGUCUCCUUUGCAUCUGUCACCGUCCCUAAGAUGCUCAUGAAUAUGCAGUCACAGAGUCAAUCCAUCUCAUAUGCUGGAUGCAUUUCCCAGGUGUAUUUCUUCUUAUUUUUUGGGGAUCUUGACAGCUUCCUUCUCACCUCGAUGGCCUAUGACAGGUAUGUGGCCAUCUGUCACCCCCUCCACUAUACCACCAUCAUGAGUCAGAGCCUGUGUUUCCUGCUAGUAGUUGUGUCUUGGGUCCUAUCCUGCGCUAGUGCCCUUUUGCACACCCUCCUCCUGGCCCGUCUCUCUUUCUAUGGAGGCAACUCUCUCCCCCACUUCUUCUGUGACCUCUCUGCCUUACUGAAGCUGUCCAGCUCAGACACCACUGUCAAUGAGCGGGUUAUCAUGACUGUGGGGGUUGUGGUCAUCACCCUUCCAUUUAUAUGCAUCCUGGUCUCUUAUGGUCACAUUGGAGCCACCAUCCUGAGGGUCCCCUCUACCCGAGGAAUCUGCAAGGCCUUGUCCACCUGCAGCUCCCACCUCUCUGUGGUGUCUCUGUACUAUGGAGCAAUUAUUGGAUUGUACUUUUUUCCAUCAUCCAGUAACUCCGACGACAAGGAUGUCAUUGUGGCCGUAUUAUACACGCUGGUCACUCCCAUGCUGAAUCCCUUCAUCUACAGUCUGAGGAAUCGGGACAUGAAAGGAGCUCUGGAAAACAUGUUCAGUAGGGGAAUAUUUUCACCAUGA